UUCCCAUGGAGAAAAGAGAUGAGGGGCACGAGCAAGUUGGCGAUGGGAGCAGCGUUGACCGUGGCUGUGAGUCUUGCUCUGGUCUUCACUCUUCUACUAGUCCUUCUUGUCGACCUCUUCUGCUCCCUGCUCUGUUGCCGAAGCCGCCGGUGCGAGACGACAACCACGACGAGCUCCGGUUUAAGCAGCGCAGCGGCGUCAGCAGCGGAAAAGAUGGAGCCUCCGCCUCUCUUCUCGACGGCCCUCGGCUUCCCUGGCGUACUCCAAGCCCCAACGAGCUUCCUCCUCAGCAUCCCCAAACUGGAAGCAGCUGCGGCGAUGCCGCCAACAUCUGAGCGGGUGGACUGCCAUUUCUCGAUGGCGACGUCUUCGCCCGGCAUACGUCGCAUUUCCUCGGCUUCAAGUGACUCGAUCUCUGCCGAUCAUUUUGUUCGCAUCUCGAAUCCCAUCUACGAUGGCGUCGGCGGUAGUCUUACCACCCCGUUCGAGACGCCUGGCACUUCACCUUCGCAUUUCAGGUUCGAAGAAGACGAAGCAGAGUGUUCCCCGGCACUGACCGCGAUGAGAAAGCUCCCGCCGAUGCGCCGCACGGCUUCUUUUGUCGGAUUACGGUCGGCAGCAACUUCAGUGAGUGCUGCAGAGACUUAUAGGGUUUCCGUUUCUUCGUCAUCCGAUUCUUCUCCUUCUUGGUGACUUCCUCAUAUGUAGUUGCAGUGGUUACUGCUUAUGGUCCUUUAUUUGCACCUAGUUAGUUUUGAUGGAAAGUAGCUUGCUUGGGGUGCUUGGUGCUUGAUCUCUAAUGCAGACCCUGUGAGGAGUGAU